AUACUUGUUAUUUUUUCUGAGUGCUUUGUUAUAUGAUUACUUAUUUCUCAAGGUUGUUAUCUGUUUAGAUAAUUGCAAUGGUGAGCAGAGUUUCUGCUUCCUUACGAACUUCAUAAUUGGGGAAUAACACCAGUCUGGAGAUGUAUCUGAAUCAGUAUCACGAUGCCAAAUGCUUUUACUUCCUCUCCGAUUUAGCUGCCACUUAAGCACUUCAUAUCACACAAUUAAAAGUGACUAUUAAAUUCAAGGAUUGUACUUUCUGGUAAAUUUUGUUAUGAUAGGGGUUUAAGAUGUUAUAGUUUUAAAUAUAGUAUUUUGUCCAUGAUGGUCGAAGGAGAACCUGUUGGUUUGAUUUUUUGGUCUAUGGCUUCCUUUUUUUUGCCUCAUAGUCGUUGAAUUCAGUCUCAUAGACAAAUGCUAACUGAACUUUGUUUCAUCAAAUACUUUGCAGUUUAAGAGGAGAUUGUAUUUUUGGGCAUUGCGAAGUUUUAUGACUUUUGUAAACCAACUACUAAAAGAUGACCUUGUUGAAUGUAUGAUAUAUUCAGUUAUCCUGAAAUAGGUCAAGAGAUGGUGGCUACAGGGUAGGAUAAAGUGGGGAGCUGAUUAUCCUUCAGUUGAAAGCAUUAUAUAUGAGGGGCUUAUACAGUUUCAAUUACUUGGGAGGAUUGGUUCUAGGCAUUUGAAUUGUUUACGUGUGAUUCAGCUGAUGAAUUUGAAGGAUGAAAAUAGUGAUUGAAGUAUUGGCUAAAGAAUUUGAAGUUUUCAGCUCCAAACGUGCAAGUUUGAAAAUUGUAAAUGGGAGACGUAGCAAAGGACCUGACUGCUGGGACUGUCGGAGGGGCUGCUCAGCUGGUAGUUGGGCAUCCUUUUGACACCAUCAAGGUGAAGCUCCAAAGCCAGCCAACUCCUCUUCCUGGCCAAGCUCCCAGGUACUCAGGUGCUAUGGAUGCUGUGAGGCAAACAAUAGCUGCAGAAGGUCCUAGGGGUUUGUACAAAGGUAUGGGGGCCCCACUUGCUACUGUUGCUGCUUUCAACGCUGUACUCUUCACAGUUAGGGGCCAAAUGGAAGGCCUGUUAAGGUCUGAACCUGGGGCACCCCUCUCAGUUGGCCAGCAAGUUACUUGUGGUGCUGGAGCUGGAGUUGCUGUCUCUUUUUUGGCAUGCCCCACAGAAUUGAUCAAGUGCAGGUUGCAGGCCCAGAGUUCCCUGGCUGGAGCUGGCGCAGCUACAGUGGCAGUUAAGUACGGAGGGCCUAUAGAUGUAGCAAAGCAUGUCUUAUCUGAAGCAGGUGCAAGGGGUCUAUUUAAAGGCUUGAUCCCUACUCUAGCCCGUGAAGUUCCAGGCAAUGCUGCAAUGUUUGGGGUGUAUGAAGCAGUCAAAAUGUACUUAGCUGGUGGCCAUGAUACUUCCUCGUUAGGUAGGGGCUCUUUGAUAUUGGCAGGAGGUAUAGGUGGAGCUUGCUUCUGGGGUGCAGUGUACCCGACUGAUGUGGUGAAGAGUGUUAUCCAAAUCGAUGAUUUUAAGGCACCCAAAUAUUCUGGCUCCAUUGACGCGUUCAAAAAGAUAUUAGCCACUGAGGGUGUCAAAGGAUUGUACAAGGGGUUUGGUCCUGCAAUGGGUCGGAGUGUACCAGCAAAUGCAGCUUGUUUCUUGGCUUAUGAGAUGACUAGGUCUAGCUUAGGGUGACUUUAAUGUUCCCUUGUUUUUAAACUAUUACUGAUUUGACUUGUUAAUGUUGAUAAUUCUUUAAUUUCAAACGUUUGCUCAAAUCAUUUUUUACCCCUUGAAUAAAGUGUGGGAGAAAAGUGCUGGUUUUACAUCAUGUUUGGAAGUGUGGUAGAGUAGAACUAGUAUGAGCAUUGAGAGGCGAUGAGGUUGAAAGAUAUGUUCGUAUAGCUGGCCAAAUUUUGAACAAUUGUAAAGUCUGAUAAAUGAAUUUUUUGUGUAUACCUUA